AUGAGGUGUGGUGGAUGGUCACCCUGUCUUCGAGCCCUGGGUGGACAAAGGGGCUUCUGGAAAGAGAGGAAGAGGAUGGCCAGUGGCAAUGGGCUGGCUUCGUCCUCGGCCCUGGUGGCCAAGCGCCCCUCCGCCCUAGGCCCGUUCCCCAGAUACAUCUGGAUCCACCAGGACACACCCCAGGACAGCUUAGACAAGACUUGCCAUGAAAUCUGGAAGAGAGUUCAGGGCCUGCCAGAGGCCCUGCAGCCCAGGACCUCCAAGGAGCAGCUCUCUGCCCCCGUGGCUGGCACUCCGAGAGACGGGCUCAGCUUCCAAGAAGAGGCUCUGGAGCUCACCAGUGGCAAAGACGAGAUCUCCUUGUUGGUGGAGCAGGAGUUCUUGAGCCUCACCAAAGAGCACCUCAUCCUGGUCACCAAGAGCUCGGGGGAGCUGGAGGCACCCAGAAGCAAUGCUGAGGGGCCCAGACAGCCAGCCCCCUGCCUUCUCAUGCCUUCACUGGUGGCCAGCAGCAGUGAGCACCCAGGAGCCUCCGUCAUGGCUGGUGACAAGCUCCUGGAGCCGAAGGUGGCCAUGUCAGUCGUUGGCAGCCGGCCAGACUGUGAUUCUGCCACGUCUACGGUCACGGGCAUCCUGUGUGCUGCCAAGGUCAAGAGUGCCAAGGGGACAGAGGACAGGAGCCGCAGCCUGGGGGCCUCCAGCUCGGAGAUCAGCAAGCUCCUGGCUCAAUUCCCACUGAAGUCCACAGAAACGUCCAAGGCCCCCGACAGCAAGAUGGUGCUGGAGGAGACCAGGGUCAUCAAGGACUUCCUGCAGAGCAGCACGUUCAGUGGCCCUGGACCCAGAGAGCCCGCGGGGCUGGGCCCGUUCCUUCUGCUGCCUCCCCCGCCUCCGCCUGUGACUCCCAGCAAACUCCCCGAGCUCCCUGCUCAGAAGAAGCAGCUUCCAGUGUUCGCCAAGAUCUGCUCCAAGCCCGAGGCUGACCCCAUCAUGGAGGGGUACCAACUGAUGGAACGGAACCCAGGUGCCAAGGAGCUGACCAGGGGCCGAGAGAGCCUCUUUCUCAGCCAGUGGUCCCCGAGCCAGAAGGACACCUGUGGUGAGGAGGGUGGCAGUGACCCCACGGGUUCCAUGUCCAUGGCUUUGCCGGCCAAGAAGCCUGCCUGGCAGGCCGAGAAGAACCUGCUCUAUGAGUUCCUUGGGGCCACCAAGAACCCAAGCGGGCAGCUGAAACUUCGUGGCAAAGUGGAGGUGGACAGGCUGGAGCUGAAACUUAACCCACCUGUGACCGGGGCCGACAAGAACAACCUCAAGUACACAGGGAACGUGUUCACCCCACGCUUUGCCACUGCUUUGACCUCAGCAACGCUGAACCAGCCCCUCUGGCUCAACCUGAACUACGCACCUCCGCCCGUGUUCACAAACCCCUCCACCUUCCCCCAGUACCAGGGCCUGUAUCCUCAGCGGGCAGCCAGAAUGCCCUACCAGCAGACCCUGGGCCCCCAGGUGGGGUGUUACUCCAGACAGGUGACGCCAUACAACCCCCAGCAGAUGGGACAACAGAUUUUCCGCUCUUCCUACACCCCCCUGAUGAGCUACAUCCCCUUCGUCCAGCCCAACUAUCCGUACCCUCAGAGGACACCUCAGAAGCUGGCCAGCAAUCCCCGAGACCCUUCCCCCAUGGCAGGAGACGGGCCGCAGUACCUCUUCCCCCCGGCAUACGGGUUCGGCUCAACGUCCGGUGGGCCCCUGAUGAACAGCCCCUACUUUUCCUCCAGUGGGAAUGGCAUAAAUUUUUAG